AUGGCUGGAAACCCUACUAGAACAGUGCCUACUCGGCCUCCUCUUUAUGGCGCUAUUGAAGAGGAGGGAGCCCAGCGCCGACGAUGGAUUGAUGACCCAAGUGAGCCCGAAUGCUUCAUCCAACGAUCCACACUGACUUAUUCCCAGAUCGUUGAUAGAUACGAAGGCAUGGGAUUCUCAACCCGGCCGGUCGACCCCGAGCUUGAUUUCGAGGCACACGUGUUGACGGAAAUCAAGGAACUUGAGCAGAAAGAGGUAAUCACUUCUGUUCGAGAGUAUGAGAACUUCGAGCUGGACACCCCUUUGCUAGCCUGGUCGGGAUGCACAGGAUCAGGUGUUAUUAUUAUCGACGUUAUGAUGCGGUCUCGGCCAGGUGCAAACAUCACCCGUGAGAUGAUGGACGAUGUGCCACAUGCUUCUUGUAUUACCCAGGCCUUAUACGAAAGGGACUUUAUACUCGAUGAUCUACGCUCCAUUUUCGUCAGUGAUAUCAUUAACAGAGACACUGUCGGCUUCUUUCACGAGCAUAUUUACGACGAGAGGUUUUAUGACGACUUUCCUGGUCAGACCUCUGUACCUCAGACUUGGGAGCAUGGAUCCCCGGAGUAUGAUGGUUUGCUCGGUACUCGUAUAGGUAAGGUCGUUGCAUACUUGGUUCUUGGGGCGUUUCCACGAGGCACUCGUCGGAUUUCUCGGAUUGUUACUUACUCAUCUAAAGGGAAAAACUAUAUUCAUAUGCGCUUCGAUCUUGAUAUGCGUUUUGACAUCGAGGAGGUUGCUUGA